GUUCGAGAGSGGCUCAGCGCUAGUGGUGACCUAUCGACGAGGGUGUCGACUGGUUCCGCAAAACAGGCCGUACCGGUAUGGCGGAACGAACGCACACUCACCAUGAAACUCAGGCCAGAAAAAGCCGGAGACGGGUGCCGCCUACUGUAGUCAUGAUGAUCGACCACACGGGGAGUUUUACCCCGACAAAUAAUAAUCAAAUUAGAAAUAAGUCAGUSGUACAAGGCCAGGGCCUGAGAGACUACUACAAGGGAAUUAGUAGCGAGCACAGGAGGUCCUCCAAAAAACUAGGUAGUGACCAAAGGAGAGUGGUCAGUGAUCACAUCCGAAUUAGGGAAUCUUUGCACCACCAAUUACAAAAACUCGGUGAGGGAGAUGCGGAAAGCAGUCGCAGGAAACUAUCGUACGGCGAUCGCUCAAAAUCUGGGGAAAGUAAAAGGGGAGASGGUGACGGUAACAGUGACAACGUUAGUCAYGGGAGGAGAGGGCUAAAUGGGAGGUCUGGUAGCAAUCGCGAACUCAGAGUGACCAGUGACCACACGAGACCGGGAUUGGAAAGCAGAGGUUCAAGCCUGAAGAGUAUUAGGAGUUUCCGCCGCAUCCRAUCCGAGACUUCAGCAAAAGAAAACACCGCCGUCGGAAAUGACCUCAAGACAUCGGCCAGCGAGCAUGCGAAACCAUCCGAUGGACUGAAAGAAAACGACCUGAAGAAGUCGGCCAGCGACCAYACAAGACCGAAUGCUACAGAUAUUUACAGGUCGUCCUCUGCGAAAUUCAAGGACUCUCGACAAAGAAGUAGUUCUAGCGACAAGCAAGAUUCGAAACGAAGGCUAAGAUCUUCCCGGUCACUCUCUCGUGACAAGAGCACGGAUUCUGCGAGACGAAUCAAAUCUCAGCCUUCUCCGAGAUCUUCCAGAAAAAUUCAUCCAGCGUCAAGCAUCUUGGAGAAGUUCAGAUAUGACCCAAACAAUGUUUCGGCCAGGAUGAAAGCCCCGCCAUCGUCUCCAAGUAGUUCUGCAAACGUUCUCAAGAAAAGGCAUCCUUCUACGAGAAGUCUCAACAGAAGUGGAAAUAGCUCGCGAGUAAAUCCAUCCCUAAACGAUGCGAAGAACAACAUUGCCKCACGAAGAAAAAUGGGGACAUUCCGACCCUACUUUGUGCCAAUCAAAAAGAAACGGGAACUUCUCGGUCCUACAAGCCAUCACAAUUGCUCGCGAAAGAUGAUCGAAGGAAAUGAUUCAAGCGAUAUCGACAACAGUCCGGGACUUAUUCUUCAGGAGGGUAUGAAGAACGUAUCCGUCGCUCCCUUUCUUCACGAAGGGAUUCCCGUCAUCAAAGUCUCGCACAACAAGCCUGGAAAGUGCCACCGGCGAUAUCUAACUCUUAGUGAGGACCAGACUACUCUGUUCUUGACACAUUCGAAGAUGCCGAAAGGAAUGAGAAAGCCGAAACAACCGAGCUGGACACCAUCCAAAGGAUUCGGCGGGUCAUAUAUCCGAUCCAUCGAUAUUGCAAAUAUAUGCAGCUUUCAAGUGGGUGCCAUUACCUCGCGAUACCUUGAAUUGGCYAUGUCGAAGUAUUCGAAACCAUCCAAGACAAAGGAUGUUAAAUCCAGGGAAGAAAGUACGAAAAGUGUGAAAAGUGAGUUGUUUGCAUCGGAACAAGAACGUAUAACAGCUGCCGUGACAAUUUUUCAUGUCGAUUCGACGACGGGUCGAAUGGUCUCGCUCGAUUUUUUCAUCGAAAACAAAGACCAUCGACAAGGGUUGAUUGCAACACUUGCGUUGAUGAAACACACAUAUGCCGAAGCAGGGCAACUUGUSGGGAACGAAAUCAUGUUGCUAAGGUAUAUUCUCAAAGACAUGGAGUUUGGUACGAAUGGAGAUGGCGUGAUUGCAAUGAACGAAAAGGAAUUUUCGACUCUUUGCUGCCGUCUCAAUUUUACAGCCGAAAAUAUCGGAAAGGAAUUCCGAGACUACUGCAAAAUGCAAAGCGAUCAAUACGACAGCAGCUUUAGAGGCAAGAAAGGCAAUAAAUUGACUUUUUUUGAAUGCUUACAGCUACUUCAAUUAAUGAAAGGGACGGAAAAUCCGUCGUUAGAAGCUUGGAGAGCUUGCUUUGGGAACGCGACUUGCGUCAAAGCUGUCACCGUUUUGGAGAUUUUCCUCCACGGGCCACAACAAGAACGAACCACGUGUGGAAUGCAAGAUGCACGCGAUCUUGUAAACAUCAUGAAUGCCACUGAACUGGGUGAGCUAGUWUCGAACAGAAAAGGUUCCUUGCUCACGCAGUGGCAAUUCGAAGAAUUUCUGAGAUCAGAAUGGAACGAUAUUUACGACCCUGCAAAACGAGUGAUUGAUAGGACGCGACUACUGACCGAGCCACUAUCACACUAUUGGAUCAAUUCGUCRUACAAUUCAUCUUCAAUGAUCGAUGGAACCUACUCAGUCGAAUCAUAUACACGGGCAUUGAUACGUGGUUGCAAGUCUAUUGAYUUAAAAUGCUGGGAUGGUACAGUUCUUCCCGACGAAACGCAYAUGCCGGUUGUUUGCCCGACAAAAGAUUCGAACGACAAAUUAACAUUUCGAUCUAUUGUUCUAGCGGUACGAAAAUAUCUCGAUGACAAUCGAAACUCAUACCCAAUCAUGAUAAAUUUUGAGAACAAUUGCACGAAACCCUUUCAAAGGUCUUUGGCCCAAAUCACAAAAGAAGUUUUCGGUAGGCAUUUGUUCGUUCCAAACAGUGUCGAUCGGAAAAAAGAACUUCCGAGUCCUGAAGACCUCCGAGGGAUGAUUGUGAUCAAUGAAAGGAAACCACCCUCUCCAAAACUUGAAACACUUGAACCCAACCCUUCCGGUGUGUCUGAAGAUGUAUACGCUCAAUUCAAUCCUAUCAAACCUGGAUCAAAUAAAAUGGUGACAUUUGUUUCGCAAUCAAAUGGGUCCACGGAAAGCGAUGCUGAAAUUGAAAAAGAAUUGUCGGAACUAACCCUUUUUCACGAUGCUGACUUCACGGGGCAUUUUCUYGAGUCGAUGAACUUGGUUUGCUCACAGAUGCACGACAUCAAAGACACGAAAGUACUGAACAUAGCAAAUAAGUACUCGGAAAAUUCAGCAUUGUGGCGAAAAUUCAAUGAAUCUCACCGUAAGUUCUCCGCUUCAAUUAAUGUUUUUGGUGCUGWAAUGGCUGUGUGUUUUUGCCCCAGAAUGGAUCCUCGUGUYACGAAUCUAAUGUUUGUUGUCCAAUGAUUUUCUUUAGUGACAAGAAUAUACCCAAAUGAACAAA